AUGCCGAGCAGAACGCGAAAGAGGGCGAAUAAUCCAGCCGAAGCUCAUCCAACCGACCCAAACGCCUUUAGAAGAGGAAGUUACCUCCACCGAGGAGUUGCACGGAUCAUUAGAGAGCUUUUUUGGGAACGCAUUUUGCACCACGGGAUGCCCCUAGUUCUCGUCCUUUUCCCUCCAGGAACCGCGUCUGUUUUUGUCGAGUUACAGAAAAGAGUAACCCAGCCUUAUCGUGAGUGCCACACGGGGAGGAGAGGAGAGGAGAGGGCACACGUUUGCGCUGCCUUGUUUGCCCACCUGGCUUCGGAGCUACUUAAAUCCGCAGGAAUGUCGCAGGAGAGACCCACUUUCUACCGGCAAGAGCUCAACAAAACAAUGUGGGAGGUCCCGAAACGGUACCAGAACCUGUCUCCCGUCGGAUCUGGUGCCUAUGGUUCUGUUUGUUCAGCGUUUGACGUGAAGACGAGCCUGAAGGUAGCAGUGAAGAAGUUAUCCAGACCUUUCCAAUCCAUCAUCCAUGCAAAGAGAACCUACAGAGAGCUUCGGCUGCUUAAACACAUGAAGCACGAGAAUGUGAUCGGUCUUUUAGAUGUUUUCACACCUGCAACAAGCUUAGAAGAGUUCAGCGAUGUCUACUUGGUGACCCAUUUAAUGGGGGCAGACCUCAACAACAUUGUCAAGUGUCAGAAGCUGACGGAUGACCACGUCCAGUUCCUCAUAUACCAAAUUCUCAGAGGCCUAAAGUACAUUCAUUCUGCAGACAUCAUCCACCGAGAUUUGAAGCCCAGUAAUCUGGCUGUAAAUGAAGAUUGUGAGUUGAAGAUCCUGGAUUUUGGUUUGGCACGGCAUACGGAUGAUGAAAUGACUGGCUACGUAGCUACUCGGUGGUACCGAGCCCCAGAGAUCAUGCUUAACUGGAUGCACUACAACAUGACGGUGGACAUCUGGUCGGUGGGCUGCAUCAUGGCUGAACUCCUCACCGGACGAACGCUGUUCCCUGGCACAGACCAUAUAAACCAGCUGCAGCAGAUAAUGCGUCUGACGGGGACCCCCCCAGCCUCCCUAAUAAGCAGGAUGCCCAGCCAUGAGGCAAGGAACUAUAUAAACUCACUUACCCACAUGCCCAAGAGAAACUUUGCAGAUGUAUUCAUCGGUGCCAACCCUCUUGCUGUGGACCUGCUGGAGAAAAUGUUGGUGCUGGACACGGACAAAAGGAUAACGGCGUCAGAGGCGUUGGCUCACCCUUACUUUGCUCAGUACCACGAUCCAGCUGACGAGCCCGAAGCGGAACCUUACGACCAGAGCUUUGAAAGCCGUGAGCUGGAAAUUGAGGAGUGGAAGAGGUUAACUUUCGAGGAGGUGAUCAGCUUUGAGCCGCCAUUGUUCGACAGGGAUGAGAUGGAAUCGUGAAGAGGAGGAGGAGGCCUCCACCCUUAAGCAGAAACACACUAAAAAAAAAAAAAAAAAAACUUCAUACACCCUCAACACCACAAUGUUCAAGUGCCUGCCAUAUUUCAAUCUCUGGGGGGUAAUUUUCAGGGACGAAACUUGACUUUGUGUUUCUCUCUUGUUUUGUUAGUUUCUAUACAAACUAAUAAUUGAGUGAGAUUGGCAACUAGCAUUGCAGUCUUUAUAUUCUGAGCAAAUUGGAGUAAUUUAUCUUUGAUAAUCAAAAUAAUACUUAAUACACAAGUGGGAUUGAAACAUUUUAAGGAGAUAUAAAAUGUAUCCUGUUCCACUUUCAAAUUGUAUAUUUUUGGACAUAGAAAUGUUUUAGAAUGACAACAAAAGCAGUGUUUGUAUAAGAAAAUACUUCAGCCAGGCCAGUAACCAUAUUGGACUCACAGUAUGAAUUGUGUCAUGUGGCAUAAAAAGAGAUGCUAUUUAAUAAAUACAGCAUAUUCUCUACAGUAUAUGUAACAUACCCACCUAUUUCUGGAGUGCAAUUAAGGCUUUGUUUUUAUACUUUGAUACAAAGUCUUUCAAUGCUGCUCCUCUUUACAUUUCUGAGAUGUUCGUUUCCUAUACAUGUUUUUCGCUUCUUCCCAAUGUAUGUCCUGUUAGCACUUUAGUUACUGUACAAUGUUUAAGCAUCCUCUCACAUCCUUCAGGACCAUGAUCGUGUGGCAUGUCUUGAGAUUUUUAAUGUCAUCCAUCACAACAUGAGCGGACUUUGUCCUUUAAUCAUAUUGCGUUUAUAAAUCACAAGUGUUUGUUGAAUGUUUUAUGGAUGUUAGGGUGUCUAUUUAUGAUCUUUUCUCAUGUUUUGAUGUUUUGUAUAUUGAUGUUAAAGAAUGUUAUUUGUAAAAAAAAAAAAAAAAAAAAAAAAAAGUUACGGUUCAGUUCAUUAUUUAUGGAGAGCGAUCUUUUACCAGAAACCAAAUGUAUCAUCUGCUAAUCUCAGUCUGUGAUGACUGCAGUUACACUUUGUCCCAAUGGGGAAAUUAAGACAAUUCCAUUGUUUCAUUAGCACGUUUAUUAUUGUGUUGCCAGAAUGUACUGCAUUCAAACAUAUUCUAUUGUCAGACAAUGUCAAUAGAAAUCAUUGAGAAUUAUCAGAUUGAGGUCAUUUACCCCCCCCCCCCCCCC